GGCGGCGGCGGCGGCGGCUGAUUUCUCCGCCCACGUCCUCGGUCGUACCCGUCCGGGGGAAAAAAACAGGGAAGAAAACAAAAAAGGAAGUGCUUAAGCCCGGCUGGCUGGGAGUAUUUUGCAAUCCGUCAGAGGACGUCGGGUGGUUUUUGGUUUUUUUUCUUGCUUCCCUCCGCCGCCUCUGCUCGGUGUUGCCACGGCCGCUUUCUCCUCCGCUGCUGGGCAUCGGAUAGACGGAGGGGGGCCGGCGGGCAAUCAGAAAUCCGGGAAGAUCCGCCUCUCUCUCUCUCUUUCUCUCUCUCUCUCUCACACACACACAAACUCAUUCACUCUCUCCCACACUCACUCAGACACACACACCCUCUCCCUAAGGCAUCAGCAGGGCAUUCCUGGGCUCACCAUGGUUAUUGGUUAUCUCUAUCUGUUGUUCUUCGCCGGGCGCCUGGUAGCGCCGGGGUACGCCUUCAACCUGGACGCGGAGAGCCCGGUUGUAUACUCGGGAUCCGACGGCAGUUACUUCGGUUUCGCGGUGGAUUUCUUCGCCCCCGACCGUUCUUCGAUGUUCCUCCUUGUGGGUGCUCCAAAGGCCAACACUACUCAGCCUGGGAUUGUAGAAGGAGGCCAGGUGCUCAAGUGUAACUGGAAUUCCAAUCAAAACUGUCAGCCAAUCAUAUUUGAUGCUAGAGGCAACAGAGAAUUUGCUGUAGAUGAUCUUUUGGAAUUCAAAUCACAUCAGUGGUUUGGGGCGUCUGUGAGAUCUAAAGAAAAUAAAAUUUUGGCAUGUGCUCCUUUAUAUCACUGGAGAACUGAACAGAAAGCGCAGAGGGAACCUGUGGGAACUUGUUACCUUCAUGAUGGGUCUAAAGCUGUUGAAUAUGCUCCUUGCAGGUCAACAAGCACUGACGCUGAAGGACAGGGCUUCUGUCAAGGUGGAUUCAGCAUCGAUUUUACUGAGAAAGACAGAGUUCUACUUGGAGGACCUGGAAGCUUUUAUUGGCAAGGCCAGCUAAUCUCUGAUCAAGUGGCUGAGAUUGUGUCAAAAUACAGCCCUAAAGUCUACACAACCAAAUAUGAUCACCAGUUAGCAACACGGUCAGCUAGUGCUACUUUCGACGACAGUUAUUUGGGUUAUUCGGUUGCUGUAGGGGAUUUCAAUGGUGAUGGCAUAGAAGAUUUUGUGUCGGGUGUCCCAAGAGCAGCAAAAACUUUGGGCAUGGUAUCCAUUUACAAUGGGGAAACCAUGGCAUCCAUGUAUAACUUCACUGGAGAACAGAUAGCUGCUUAUUUUGGAUAUUCUGUAGCUGCCACGGAUAUCAAUGGAGAUCACUAUACAGAUUUGCUUGUAGGUGCCCCACUCUUUAUGGAUCGUGGUUCAGAUGGCAAGCUUCUGGAAGUGGGCCAGGUGUCUCUUUACCUUCAACAAGCCUCCGGAGGGUUUCAAAGUUCAGCCAUGAAGUUGAAUGGCUUUGAAGUCUUUGCAAGAUUCAGCAGUUCAAUUGCCUCUUUGGGAGACCUUGAUCAGGAUGGCUUCAAUGACAUAGCAAUUGCAGCACCUUAUGGUGGCGAAAACAAGAAAGGACUGGUUUAUAUCUACAAUGGGAGAGCCACAGGAUUGAAUGGAAUGCCAUCUCAGGUCCUUGAAGGACAAUGGGCCUCUGAAGCAAUGCCACCAAGUUUUGGAUAUGCCCUGAAAGGAGCUAUUGAUGUGGACAAAAAUGGCUACCCAGACUUGAUUGUAGGAGCUUUUGGUGUUGACCGAGUUGCGUUAUACAGGGCCCGGCCAGUCAUUACUGUGAAUGCUGGAUUAGAAGUUACCCCAACAAUUUUAAAUCCAGACAACAAAAUCUGUGAAGAAAAUGGUCAAAAGGUUUCUUGUUUUAAAGUAAAGUUCUGCUUAAAAGCUGAUGGCAAAGGGAAUCUCCCCACGGAACUCACUUUCCAUGUGGAGCUCCUGUUGGACAAACUUAAACAAAAAGGUGCCAUAAGGCGAGCUCUGUUUCUCCACAACAGACAACCGGGUCACUCAAAGAACAUGACAGUCUCCAAAGGAGGUCGAAAGAGUUGUGAAGAACUUGAUGCUUUUUUAAGGGAUGAAUCUGAAUUUCGAGAUAAGCUUACUCCAAUUACUAUCUUCAUGGAAUAUCAACUGGAUUACAAAACUGCUUUGGAUUCUACUGGUUUACAGCCCAUCCUCAACCAGUUCACUCCUGCAAAUAUUAGCAGACAGGCUCACAUUCUUUUGGAUUGUGGGGAAGAUAAUAUCUGCCGUCCAGAUUUAAAAGUGACUAUUGACAGUGAUCAGAAGCAAAUCUACAUUGGAGACGACAAUCCAUUAACCCUAAUUGUCAACACUCAGAACUUAGGCGAGGGAGCCUAUGAAGCUGAACUCUUUGUAACUAUCCCACCACAAGCAGACUUCAUUGGUAUAGUUCGCAACAAUGAGGCUCUCGCAAGACUUUCAUGUGCAUUUAAGACUGAGAAUCAAACUCGAUUGGUUGUCUGUGAUCUUGGAAAUCCCAUGAAAGCAGGAACAAAACUCUCAGCUGGUCUUCAUUUUAGUGUUCAUCAACAAUCUGAGAUGGAUACUUCUGUCAAGUUUGAUCUACAGAUCCGUAGCUCCAAUUUGUUUAACAACCUAAGCCCAGUGAGCUCGUAUCAAGUGGACCUGGCCAUUUCAGCUGCUGUAGAAAUCAGAGGGGUCUCUUCUCCUGAUCAUAUUUUCCUUCCAAUUCCCAACUGGCAACCAAAAGAAAAUCCAGAAACAGAGGAUGACAUAGGGCCUUUAGUUCAACACAUCUAUGAGCUCAGAAACAACGGUCCAAGUACCUUCAGCAAGCUGAUGCUCAAUCUUCAGUGGCCAUAUAAAUACAACAACAAUACCCUUUUAUAUAUUAUCAAAUAUGAAAUUGAAGGACCCAUGAACUGUACAUCUGAUAUGGAGAUUAACCCACUAAAAAUUAAGGUAUCAACUUCUCAGCAAGAUGAAAGGAAUGAAACACUUACUGGAGAAGAUAUCCGCAAUCAUCAAAUCCACCGGAGAGAUCUAAGUGUUCCAGAGGAAAAUGUACAAACUUUGGGUUGUGGAAAUGCAGACUGUUUAAAAAUAUUUUGCCAAGUUGGUCGCCUAGAGAGGGGAAAAACCGCAAUUCUCUAUUUGAAAUCUCGCCUUUGGGCUCAGACUUUUAUGACUAAAGAAAACCAAAAUCACUCUUAUUCUCUCAAGUCAUCAGCUUCUUUCAAUGUCAUCGAGUUCCCCUACAAGAAUCUUUCUUUUCCUGAAGAUGUCCAGAAUUCUACAAUAGUUACCACAGACAUCUUGUGGGGUAUUCAGCCAGCACCAAUGACAGUACAAGUAUGGGUAAUCAUACUAGCUGUCUUAGCAGGAUUAUUACUUUUGGCCCUUCUGGUUUUUAUAAUGCACAAGGUGGGUUUCUUCAAACGUGUGCGGCCACCUCAGGAAGAACAAGAAAGAGAACAACUGCAACCUCAUGAAAAUGGAGAAGGGACCUCAGAAGCUUAAGCAGUAUUUUAACUGCGUCUUUUUACCAAAAGAUUUAGAAUGAUUGCCAACUUCCUUUAGAAAUAUGCAUUUUGAUCCUUGAGGACUGCGUAGCAAAUGCCUUUUUUUGCUAUUGGCAAAAUUAACUGGGAACUGAAAAAUGACACGUUUGUUUCCCUCAUAUUAAUCACGUUCACAUGUGUGACUAAUACAGGUGCACUGACUAAUGUAUUUUAGUGCCACAAUUUUGCUUACUAUGUCCAAAAGACAAAGUGAGGAGGUGGGGGGGGGCGUUGGUUGGUUGGUUUUUAUUUUUAUUUUUUUUAUUGGUACAACUUGAGCUCCUCCACUACUUGCAAACUUGUAACAACUACAUCUGUCUAGAGAACAUGAACAUAAACUGAAGACCUGCUCUUGAACUGGACUUUCCCAAGGUACUCACCAGUUUCUGAAGAAUUUUUUUCACCUUUUCUAAGUUGGGAGAGAUGAACAGCACGAAGCGUUGAGUGAAUACUGACAGAUCUACUUCAAUUGACUAUUUAGGGAUAACUUCUGUAUAGAAGACGACCUCGGUGUCACCGUGAUGUGGUUCCCAUUUAAGGAAUUGCUCUCUGUUUUAUGGAAUCUUUCAUCUGGAAAGAUGUACUUUGGUUGUAUGGAAGAUCACAGAUCCCAUUUACCAGUUCCCAUAUCCAGUUUUAUGUAGCAUCAUGAAAUUGACUGAUUCAUGCAAUUGUUUUCUGAUACCCUUUUUAAAUUUUCUGUGGGUUUUUUUACAUUAAAAAAAGAAAUCAAAAUCUGUGCCAAGUAGUCCAAAUUCUACACUUAGGAUAAAUCAUUCCAAAAUGUUCCUGAAUAAUUUAAUUCUGUUUUGCCUAUGUUCAUAGUUAUUAUAAAGGAUUAAGUAAAUUAUAGAACGGCAAUUUGAGAGCCCCAGCUUACAACCAAUAUGAGCCCCCUAUUCCAAACCUCUUUGAGAAAUGAUUGCUGAAUACUGAAAGUAUUCUGGGAUGGAAAGCCCAUAGAAACUCUAGUUUAAGCCCUCAAAAAGGGCUAUCACGAUUAAAAAAGAAAAGUAAUACCCACAAUAGCCUGACUAGGUGGCUCAGUGGCUAAGAUACUGAACUUGUCCAUUCGAAAGACCAGUAGUUCGGCAGUUCAAAUCCCUAGUACAGGUCACCUGUUUAUAUGUGAGAUAAGACUUCAAUGAUCACUGGCCUUCAGCUCCCCUCCCACAAAUGCAAACUUGGCCAAUGAAAGUUCUUGUGUUCCCAAACUAAAUACACUCCCAUUUAUAAACCUAACAAUAAAUGUUAGGUUAUUUAUUGUUUUAGUGGUCAAGCGGUAAUGAUGCUGAGGAAUGAUGUGUUUUUUAAUGGAGCGCACCUAGCCUCUCCCCAAUUUUAUGCCCUUUGUAUCCAUUCCACAGUUUUUGCACUUGAUUUGCUACAUUCCAGCCAGCAACAUCAGAGUGUGGCAUCAAACAAAAUUGCUUGAAUUUCAGGGUACAGUUGUAAAAAAGAACUCAGUAACUGAAAGCAUGAGAAUGCUGGAGAGAGAAAUGUUUGUUCUGAGUAAAGUGUAAGAAAUUGAUUGGGAGCCAUCCGGAAUUAAUUAUAAGAGGACAGCUAUAUAAAUUCUAUCAAUAAAUAAACAUGCUAAUGUUGGACAAGAAAACACCUCAACCCAGGCAUCUAGCAUUAGCCACAAUCAUACUAAAAUGACAAACUAUGCACAGUGUACAAUGUACCAUCCUUUGGUUCUGACAUUACAAAAUUACAAGUACAUAAGUAAUUUUGUCACAAUUUUUGUUCCUUGACUCCUCAUCCACUCAUUCCUUUCAAAUACCCAUGAGCUUUAAAGAUCUCUCUUAAGACCACUGGAGUGAAUGGAACUUCUUUUUGAGGUUUUCUGGGAUCCUGGCAGGGAUUUUCAGUACACAGGCAAGCAUAUACCUCAGCUGAGAAAGUUGAUAAAAAAUGCAAGGGUUUAUAUAAAGAGUUCGUUUAUGGAGAUCACUGAGGCCAGAUACAUAAAGCCACUCUAAAAAUUUUAAGGCUUCAUUUUAGACAUUUUGUCUUUUCUUACUUCUUUUUGGAGAAAAUGUAAAGGUAUGAUUUAGUUGAGAAAUAAAAGAAUGUUUUAUUUCUUUUAUUACUAUGAUUUGUUCGGUUACUAUAAAGACAAAUGGGUCCCACAUAUAAGCUGUCAAGCCUUAUAUGUUCAGCCAUUGAUAAAAAUUAUAAAGCUUUCACUAUCUGAGAAAUGUUAUUACUAGCUUUCCUAAAUACUUUUCUUCAGUUUUGCUCAAUAGCAAAAUCUAAAUAGGCUGAACUGCAGUGUUUGAUAUAUGGUCCGGUUCAAAUAUACAUGUAUAUUGAUUUUUAUUUUUAUUUUUUACUAUUGAUUACUUUAUUCUUGCUGACCAGCAAGUGGCAUUUAUGUACCAGUGAGAAAUAGUGAGUCUGAAGCAAUAUGAGAAAAGACAUCUUGUAAAAAUGGAAAGUGCGUGCAUUUGUGUGUGUGUGUGUGUGUGUGUGUGUGUGCUACUUGUGAAGUGGCUUGUAUUAUUGAAUGAACACUUACAAAGUUUUGAAUGUAAGAAAUGGCAAGCACAUGAACCACUUUCCAUUCAUAUUCUGUAUGUACAAAAUUUUACUCACUUGAUCUCCUUCUCAAAUAGUUUCACUUGCAUAAAUGACUGUUCAAAUACAUAUAUUUUUAACUAUGAAUGACUGGGCUAUUUUGACAGUGCUCGGUGGAACAUAAAGCUUGCUUAUACACUUUUCUGCCUAGAUAUAUCAAUGGCCAACCUGAAGAAGAAGAAUCGUGUUCAGUACUUCUGAAUGAACAGAAUCGGCACAGAGCUUUUUAGCCAUAAUUCCGGUAUUAUAUGUCCAGAUCUCUGUGCAACAGCUGUUAUUCUACAGAGCCAUUGAAGGUGGAGGGAAAAUAAUAAUAAAAACUCCAUGACACUG